CGACAACUCUAAUCAAACAGCUGAUAAGUAAGUGGAAAAAUUUUGGACGGCCUGCUGUUAUUUCACCAUAAAUCUAUGCAAAUUUGGCCAAAAAGCUAAAAAAAUUCGUUCAAAUAACAAUGAACAUUAAACGCUAAACCAUCAACGCCUCUCUCUAUAACUUCUAGUGUACAAUUUUGAACGUUUAAAUCGAGUAAAUUUUAGCUUUUCACAUGGAUAUUUCGGAUUUUAUAUUGGGUGGUUUAGGCUCAGUGGGAGCAACAUUUUUCACCAAUCCCAUUGAAGUCGUCAAAACACGCAUACAAUUACAAGGUGAAUUGGCCGCCCGGGGUACUUACGUGGAGCCAUAUCGUGGUAUAGUAAAUGCUUUUGUAACGGUGGCUAAAAAUGAUGGCUUAACGGGUUUGCAGAAGGGCUUAACACCAGCUUUAUAUUUUCAAUUUAUUAUAAAUUCAUUUCGUUUAAGCAUUUAUAAUAUGGCUUUAAACAAUGGCUGGAUGCACACCAAAUCUGGAGAUGUUUCAUUUGUCAAGGGUAUUUUUUGGGGGGCAGCUGGUGGUGCCAUUGGUUCCUAUUUCUCUAGUCCAUUUUUUAUGGUAAGUCUUAAUAGUUUCAUACAACAAAUUAAGAAACAAAUUACGCCAAAUCAUUGUUAUCAAUUUAAAUUUGUUUAAAGUUAAUGACUUUUCACACACAUACUCUU